AUGGCCGCCGUGGAGAGCGGAGAGGAAAGACUUGAGGAUAGUGAGGACGAACCCGUCGACCCCCAGCCUCCGUCCAGGGAGAGAGAAAGAUCCCACAGCAAGUCCAAGAAAAAACGCAGGGAGCGCCGCCAUGUUGACCGGGAUUCGGAGACCACGGAUACAGCCUCUGUGCUGCAGCCACAGGGGGCGGAGACACAGACCCAGCCUUCAGAGGAGCCGGUGGCGGGCCCCUCAGAGCUGGGAUCAGAGUCAGCGGCCGGUAGCGAGUCUGCAGGUUCUCCCAGGCAGCGACGCUCUGUUAUCCGGGACCGUGGGCCUCUGUACGACGACCCCUCACUGCCCGAAGGCUGGACCCGCAAACUCAAACAGAGGAAGUCUGGUCGCUCAGCCGGGAAGUUCGAUGUCUACCUGAUCAACUCGGACGGAAAAGCCUUUCGUUCCAAGGUUGAACUUAUCGCCUACUUCCAGAAGGUCGGCGACACGACCACCGACCCCAACGAUUUUGAUUUCACCGUCACCGGACGUGGAAGUCCCUCCCGCCGUGAGAAGCGUCCCCCCAAGAAAGUCAAGGUGGUGAAACCAUCAGGUCGAGGUCGGGGGCGUCCAAAAGGCAGCGGGAAGAUGCGGCAGGCUACGGAGGGCGUGGCCAUGAAGCGUGUGGUAGAGAAAACUCCGGGCAAACUGCUGGUCAAGAUGCCCUUCGGCAAAGCAGAGUCCUCCACUGGCACCGCCUCCGCUGCCUCAAAGGUGGUGUCUCCUGCCGUGGUGACCAAAUCCCGUCCGGGCAGAAAGAGGAAAUCAGAACAGGAACUUCCGGCCCCGCCACAGACCGCCCCGAAGAAACGGGGAAGGAAACCAGCCUCAGCCUCAGCAGCGUCAUCCGUUGCGGCAACAUCGACCUCCACGCCAUCGACCUCUGGUAGCCCAACAGCUGGGAGCUACGCUGCAGCCGCCAUUUUAGCCGCGGAGGCCAAGCGGAGAGCAGCAAAGGAGUCUUCCACCAAACUUGUCGUCCAGGAAACAGCCCUGCCAAUCAAAAAGCGCAAAACGAGAGAGACAGUGGAGGAAAGGGAAAGUGUUCAAACUCCAUCAGCUUCAACGGCCGAUACAGUAAAGGGGGAGGCAAGUAAAGGGGAGGAAGCUCCAACCCCAGAACCUCAGCCUACCCCCUCUGAGCAGAGCCAGACACAAUCGCAGAAACAGCAAUCUGCUUCCGAAGAAAGUCAACCACAUGGACACAAGGCGCAUAAAGGAAAGAAGCACAAGGAGAAAACGGGAAUAGCAACAGGAGAUGGCAGAAGCAGAGGACAGGAAUUAGACGAAGAUAUAGGUGAUAAGGGAGGAGCGGAGGAAACUGGAGAAAGAAGUAGCAGCAGCAGUAGUAGCAUUAGCCCAUCAAAAAGUCACAAACGGAAGGACCGACCGCCACACAAACACCACCAUCAUCACCACCACCACCACCAUCAUCACCGCCACCAACAUUCCUCCGCCUCCACAUUGGAUCCGCCUCUUUCUCCAGCCUCCAGACAUCCAGCACCAUCCAGCCAGUCAAAGGCGGAAGUCAAGCCCCAGGCUGUACCUCAGCUCUCCACACAACAAGUGCACCACACUCAUGAAGCUCCUCCGAAACCACAAUCCAAGCCUGAACCUCGACAAACUCCCCCUCAGCCCAGUUCCCAGCAGCAUCCCCAGUGCCAGUCUCCCACUCAGCCACAAGCCCAGCCAAGAUACCCAGCACCCCAGCCCUCUCCUACCAGGCAUUUCUUGCCCCAGCCACGGCCCCAAUCUCACAGUCAGAGCCAGGCAUCCUCACAAAAAGGCCAGUCACAUCCUGUCCUUUCCCCAGCCAAGCACCAAACCGAGCUUCAGACUCCCCCUCGGACACACCUUCCUCAAUCCAUCCUGCACAUUCAUCCGCCCCAAACAAGGCAUCCACCUCCACAAACCCAGUCUCCCACAGUACUCCAGCCUCAAACCCAGCCCAGGCACCCGUCUCAACCCCUAACACAGCUCAAACAACAACCCCAGCUCCGGCAAUCACUGCAGUCUCAUCUCCAACUCCAACCCCAGGCCAGAACCCCAGCCCAACUUCAGACGCAACUGCAACACAGAACCCCUGCCCAAAUUCAGCCUCAAUCCCAACCCAGGACCCCACCCCAAACUCCACCUCAGCCCCAUUCCAGAACCCCAGCCCAAACUCAGCAUCAACCAAUGUCCAGGACCCCAUCCCAAACUCAGCCUCAACCAACGUCCAGGACCCAAUCCCAAACUCAGCCUCAACCCCAGUCCAGGACCCCAUCCCAAACUCAGCCUCAGCCCCAGUCCAGGACCCCAUCCCAAACUCAGCCUCAACCCCAGUCCAGGAACCUGGCCCAAACUCCAAAUCAACUGCAAUCCAGGGGUCCUGCUCAAAUUCCACAUCAACCCCAAUCCAGGACCCCAGCCCAAACUUUGCCUCAACCCCAGUCCCGGACAUCAGUCCAACCUCACCUGCAACAAAGGCAUCAAAUGCAGCCCCAGUCCCUGACGAGGCCCCCAUCGCAAAACCUCCAGACCCAACACAGACAACAAGCCAGACAGUCUCUCUCCCAGCCUACGCCACCCCCGGCCCAGUCCCAAGCACAACCACAUUUUCAACGGAUUCAAACACAGCCACGUCCCCAGCCCCACCCCCAGCUCACCAGGCCCCAUGUGCAGCACCACUCAUCCCACCGACCAUCUCCAAGCCUAACCAGGACCAACCUGGCUCAGCAGAACCAGAGCGAACAGCCCCAAGAUCUGAGCACCACACGACCUAGCCGCGGAAGCCUUUUGCCAAUCCGAGAGGUCAGGGAUGAAGGCGUCAGGGCGGAGGGCAGACGGGAUUCUGCAUCAGAGAGCAGAGAGGUUUCAAGAGGAGACAGAGGUUCAAACAGCAACUCAAGGCCUUCAAGCUCCCUUCCUCCUAGACCCACAGGAGCAUCCGGAGCCGGAGUUGGUGGAGUAGAUGGAAGGGCGAGGCUCCGGGCUGAACCAGAAGCAGCAGGUGAGAGCAGGGAGCUCAGAGACAUCGUCCCCCAGUCCGCAGUCCCCUGUCCUAGCCGAGAAGAAACCGUAGAGUCACGGACUGCCGUCAGCGAAAGAGUCAGCUGAUCGGUCAGGUGGAUGACCGGGAUGACUGAUCGGUAGACUCGCGGACUGAGUCGGCGACAGAAGGAAAAGGAGUGGGACAGGGUUGUUCACGGAGUUUUAAUGAUUGGACACUGUUUUCAGAUAACGAAGGAUAACGUCAGAGCUGGUAGGACUGUCGGAGUCUCUACUCCGUCUGAUUCUGUCUGGAGACUCUGCAGAGGAUCUGGAUUUGAGAACCAACCUGACGCUCAAGGGCAGCUGGAGAGGAGAACAGAUAGUGUCUUUUUCUAGGAAAAUCAAACAAAGAGGAAAAAAAAGUGUGUGUGUAUAUAUAAUCAAAAGGCAGCUGUUGUGUCCCGCUAGUCUCUAAGGGGGAAGGGGGGGGAGUAGUUUGGAACUAAAAACCAACGCUUAACAACACAUUACUCUGAACGAAAUGUUGCUUCCGGAAUAUAACCUGUUUUUUUUUUAUUUGGUAUUAUGAUAGUUUAUUGUUUUGUCUGUUUGUUAUACAGCUUUAAACUCUGAUAUUAUUGACUGAUGGACCCUUACUCAUCGCCGUGCUGCUGACUGACAGUCCCUUAUUUAAAGUCCUGCUUUUUAAACUGACGGUGUCUCAUCAAGACUCCUUCUAUUAACUGAAAGUCCCUUACUGAAACUAGUCCUUGACUGAGAGCCUCAGAGGUGAUGUGGGGCGGUGGUUUGCACCUUAAACUGGUUUCUUAGAAAUCUACCAUAUUUUUUUUUAAUCACCAUUUCCCAUUUGGCCCACGAUAAACAAAGGCAUGGGGUCUGUAAUGUUUCCCAUCAACUUCCGAAAUGCCCCUGACAGGAAGCAAAUUCACACAGACCUCACUCUGAGCUGAGUCUUUCAAACCCAUUUUGAAUAUUGUUUAAAAUAUUUGAUCAACUUUAGGAGUUCUUGAGUCCUCCUAUCAGACACUGAACAGCCUAAACAGGUCAGAUGUUUGAUAAGAAAAAUCUCAAGAGCUCCUAAUUUGGUUUUAUUUCAAACCCACCGAGACGUUCUUCCAGGUUAGAGAUUCUUCCAUUCAGGUCUUCAUUGAAUCUGUUUGUUUUGGUAGUGUUUUUGUUUCCAAAGGAAGCGCUUUUAAUAUCAAACCAAACCCACUUUCACAGUAGCUCUGUUUUAGUUUGUAGUCUUAAUGAAAUGAGUGGGAAAAGGACUCAUUGUGUCUUCGUGUUGAAUGUCUGGAACAGUUUGCAUCCCCUCCAGUUUAUACAAUCAACCGCCUGCAUGUCGCUCGGAGACUUUGCAGGCGUUCAACCAGAGCUGCAACAUACGCAGAGGUCGACCUUGCUGGGUUUUUACUGUCGGACAUGUUGGUUAAGUCAGGGAAGACUUCUUCGGGGAAGUUAAACCCUAAACGAGGUCUGGUCGUGUGGAGACACAACAUUCAGUGAGCAGACAACAACCUUUCAGUCUGAAAGUCCAGAUUUGAGAGCAUGAAGGAGAUAUUUGUAAGAGUGGGAGGAGUUUUUUUGCAAGGACUCAACAUAGAGAUCAUCUGAUUGACAACCUGAAGCAACUCGGUUGAUAUUCUUAACUAGCUCAACUUGAUUCAACAGUUGGUGAACAUGAAAACAGGGAGCGGGUGUCAACAAAACCAACCAAAUCACUCAAAGGUUUCUAAUCACGUUGAAGAGCUAAUAACAGAAUCAUGAACUUCGUAUCAAACAGUCCUCCUGACAUUUUAGAAAAUAUUUCUUAGUGCCUUUUGUGUUUAGAUCAGACAGUUCAUCUUUAAAUGGGUUCGACUUGAAUGUCACUUGUUGGGCUUAGGAAGUGUUCUUAUCUGUCUAAAUGACUUGAAACCAUAGACCGUAUGAAAUAUGGAUAUGGUUUCUAAUAUCAUCCAUGGGCUUCUGAAGGGUAUAACUCUGGCUAAUUUACAACUGGGCAUCAGUGUAAUUGUAGCCAAUUAGCCAUGGAUGUUUAUUGAGAAAUGGAUACAGCGUUGGGUACGGGGCUUCAUUCAUUCCUAUGAAAUGUUCUUGGUUGCACAGGAACUCAAAAUGGCCUUUCUUUCAAGAACAAAAUGAUCCGGAUCUUCUGGCGAUCUUUAAACCCGUCUCCUAGCCGCUACAUCGUAGACGUUCGGUCUUGGGACAAAUUAAUGCAUUUUAGCGCAUUUUACAAAUGUUCGACCUAAAAACAAUUACUUACAGAUGUCUGUUUCCCAAUGUAAGUCAAUGGGAUCAAGUAUUCUUCAGGCAGAUGCUUUUAGGUGAAUGACUCAGUUGUUGUUGUUGUUGUUGUUGUUGUUGUUGUUGUUGUUGUUGCUCAAGUGGCCACAUGAGGAACUGCAGUUUAUGGCACUUCAGUUUAGGAUUCACUGCACCUGUUUGGACGUUAAGCUGACAGAUAUGGACGUGUCCUACUGAAGCAUGAAUGUAUUAUAAGGACCAGAUAUCAAAGAUAUGUCGCAAACUUAAAGGAAAUUGCUUUUUAGCUUCACGGAUCUAACUGCACAUGCUCGGUAGAGAUUCUCUCCGUGGCCCAUUGUGAUUUUAUGCAAAGGAAAGCCUUUCUGAUAAAGUUUGACGAAUACAAUAAUGUAAAAUGUUCUCAGCAAUUUUAUCUUCAUCUUCACCUCAGCUUUAUUUAAGCUCUGUUAUUGGCUGUUUGUUAGUGAAGUGCACCCUGGGAGUGGUAGUUGAUGUCUUUCCUUUGAUUGUAGAUUUGAGUGCUAGACCCAGCACCUUAUACUUGGUAAUUGCACUAAAUAUCUAACUUGUUCUGAUUGAAAAUGUAGAAAUAUAUGCCAACGUAUCUUGGGCUUACGUUCCCCUCUCUCUUAAAGCACUCACACUUUAUUUCACCUUGGCUGUAACCAUACAAAGAGCAGAAUCAAAGAAAAUGUGUGUUUUUAAUUAACCUGAAACAUACGUGUUGCAAUGCCCUGUCGUCCGUCUCAGCCAAGAAAUCAGUUUUGAGGUUUUUUUGGACAGCUGUAGUUUUAUUUCCAAAGGGGUCUUGUAGGUUCUUCGCUGAAACUACUCCUAAAACAAAGGGAAGUUGUGUAAUAGUCUCCUGAGCUCUCAAAUCUGAACGUCCAGAUGCUGAAUGUUAAUGCUCUCUCGAUAGAUUUGCCAUCCAGAAAUCUAAAACUUUUGCACCUUAUUUUUCACAUGUGGGGGAAGGCUCCUGCACUUUAACAAAUAAAUCGGGAAAAUUGAGCUCUUCGACCCUCAAACAAGAAAAACAAACUGAAUGUCUUCACCCUGGAUCCGAUAAAUGUGCCUCGUUCUCUAAAGUCCUCUCACCUGAUGUUUGUUGUCUCCACCUGAAGCCUCACCUCUGCUUACCUGACGCUCCGCCUGCCGCCCAGUUAUAGCAUGCUGUCUCUCACGCAGCUGCAUAAAUCAAACGCCCCUCUGUGAACGGACUCCCUCCACAGGACCCGACCCGGCACAACCUACAGUAACCAGCCACCAUAUUGCAUGUUCCAGAGUUUAGUGCCUAUAAUAUUGUGCGUCUUGCCAGAAGCCACCAUGUCGAGCCAAGCCAUGUUGUGUUUCUAGACUUAGUAGUGAUGUGUGUGGUGACUUCAUAGUUGCUAAUAUUGAGGAUGAAUAUUCUGCUUUUACUCUGGUUGGAAUUCAGUGGAAACUCCAAUACAAUGUCGCUGUAGACAAAACUAGUUUUUACCUGUUUUCUUAUUUUUUCUUUCUAACUAAAAGCGUUUGUUGUCCCCUGAUCUGUGGUCGUCUGACUGAUUGUAGCUCAACACACACACAAAAAAACACUGCUGGAAAUUAGCUGAGUACAUUUACUUGAGUAUUUACAUGUUGUGCUAUUUCUACUUCACUUAUUGGAUAUUGAACUUUUAAUUUAACUUCUCUUAUCUAUCUUUUAGUUUUUCAUCCCCUACCUGCAGUGAAAACCCUUGUCUUCCUAUCAACUUCUAUCCUCCCGGUUUGACUAUUAAUAAAGAAUACAGUAUAAAAACCACAA